GCCUAUGAAUCAGACGCCGGGUACCCGUGGUGUCUUGUGCUUUUUUGCUCCGCGAUUCUGAUGCGUUCCGGUCGAGAAGUACGUACUUUGUUUGUAUCCGUACCUGAAUCUCAACCUGGAUGCGACACUGGAAGUUGCAGUCAAUUUUGUCUUUCUGUCCCUCUCUCUCUCUCUCUCUCUCCACACCACAUCCACUUACUUUGUCUUUAUCGACGCCAGCAGCGUUACUCAUCUACGUUGGGCUUUGGUGGCAAUUGUUUCCUAUCCAUGAGGCAGGCAUGGACUUAAUUAGGCAUUAUGUGAUAGUCCCAGAUUGUGUGCAGAGACGACCCCCUUACGCCUUCCCGGGUCCUGGCCCGGGUCUCGCUCCCUCUUUCCCGAGUGUCCGGACAGACCUACCGAACUGAAUCUAGCACCUGCCGUCAUCCCCUCCCUUUCUUUCCCGUCUCCCU